AUGCUCUGGGUUAAUAAGGAUGUAGAGGCGGAACAAGUGCUGAUAGAAUCUCCGGAUCUGACAGCAGCUGUCAUUCGGCUUCCCGAGCGUUUAAUUUUUAUGGCAUUAGUCUACGUAGAGCAUGGAGAUGCCCAGGCUUUGCGCGACACGUGCAACCACCUACGCAAGGCAAUCACAAAGGGUGGAGGACAGGGCGGAGACUACGAGUCCACCAUUGACCUUGUCCUCGCCUCCGAGAAUCUGAUAGAUUCUAUGGUCAAGUGUGCAAUACACGGGACAGAGCACGGCUCGGAUCACCGCGCAAUUAAAACUGUGUUUGAUGUCCCGAGACCAGAUACAAACCAUCGGGAGCGACUUCUACUGAAAAACGCACCAUGGAAGGAAAUCAACGCCAGAAUCGCACAAAACCUAGAUAGCACUCCAGCGGAAGGCACAUUGCAACAGAGAACCGACAGACUAAUGUCAGUGGUCUUGGAAGCGGUUCACACCUUGACUCCUAAGGCCAAGCCAUCGCUAUACGCAAAGCGAUGGUGGACAUCAGACUUGACACAGCUCCAUUAUAUAUACACAUACUGGAGGAAUCACACCCGCUUGGAGCGACAGGCAGGACGGGAUGUUACACACCUGGAAGAGAUGGCCAAAAGUGCGUCCAAGCAAUAUCACGAUGCUAUCCAACAACAAAAGAAAAAGCACUAG